AUGGAAGAAUACUUUGUUGGCCUGCCAUACCCAUACUUGUGCUUGUACGGCUCCUGCCUCCUGCUUGCAGUCGUCGUCGCCCGUGUCGUCCUCAGCGGCAGCGGCAGCGGCAGCGGCAAGAAACUGCCUCCGGGCCCAUGGCAGUUGCCGGUGAUCGGCAGCCUCCACCACCUGCUGCAGGGGCUCCCGCACCACACCAUCCGCGACCUGUCCCUGCGUCACGGCCCGCUGAUGCUGCUAAGGAUCUGCGAGCGCACGGCCAUCGUCGUCUCCUCCGCUGAGGCCGUGGGGGAGAUGCUGAAGGGCCACGACGCCGCCUUCUCGGAACGGCCCAGCAGCCCGGGCAUCGAGGAGCUGUCGAGGCACGGGCAGGGAGUCAUCUUCGCGCCCUACGGCGACCACUGGCGCCUGCUGCGCCGGAUCCUCAUGACGGAGCUGCUCAGCGCGCGGCGCGUGGAGGCGUUCCGGCGCAUCCGCGAGGACGAGGCGGCUCGCCUGGUCUCGUCGCUGUCGUUGUCGUCCCUGCCUCCGGGUGGACAGCCGCCCGUCGACAUUGACGAGCGGCUGGAGGUGUUCAUCGCCGACUCUUCCGUGCGCGCCAUCUUGGGCGACCGGCUGCCCAACCGCGCCGCGUUCCUGAGGAUGAUCAAGGCAGGCCAGGACCCGUCGUCGCUGUUCGACCUCCGCGACCUGUUCCCGUCGUCGCGGCUCGUGCGGAUGCUGCCGCGGAGCCGAAAGGCGGAGCGGCACCGCCAGGAGAUGUUCCGGCUCAUGGACGACAUCCUUGUGAGCCGCAGCCAAACAAGGGCUGCUGCUGAUGGCCAAGAUGGGGGCGGAGGCGGCGUCGAGCAGGAGCAGGACAUGGUCGACGUUCUGCUCAGGAUCCAGAAGGAGGGCGACAUGCGUGUUUCUCUCAACCAUGGAGUCAUCAGGGCGGCGCUGAUAGAUGUGGUUGGUGCAGCACUUGACACAUCAACGACUACCCUCCGGUGGGCUAUGGCCGAACUAAUCGCAAACCCAAGGGUGAUGCACAAGGCGCAGCUUGAGAUUCGACGCGUCAUGGCAGGGCAACAACGAGUACAUGAGGCGACUCUAAGGGACCUGCACUACCUGAAAGCAGUGAUCAAAGAGACCUUACGACUGCACCCUCCUGCCCCGUUCGUCCCAAGGGUAUGCUUGGAUGAUCGCAUCAAGAUCCAAGGAUACCAUGUGCCGCAGGGGACAAUAGUCGUCGCAAACGUUUGGGCUAUUUCCAGGGACCCAAAGUACUGGGAGGACCCAGACAUGUUUAUACCAGAGAGAUUUCUCCAGGGUGACCCUGACCACCGCUGUUUGGACUACAAGGGGUUCGAUUUUGAGUUCACUCCUUUCGGGGCUGGGCGGAGGAUGUGCCCUGGGACAAGUUUCGCUCAUAUGAAUGUUGAGAUUGCUCUGGCUAGCCUUCUGUACCAUUUUGACUGGAAGCUGCCAGAUGGAGCUAAACCGGAGGAGAUUGACAUGACAGAGCUCUGGGGUGUUACUGUCACAAGGAAGGCUAAGCUAUUUCUGCAUCCCAUUCCCUGUAUUCCUCCAGCUGUUGCAUCGAUUGAUGCAUAA